UCAAUUGCAAUGGCAAAAAUACAAAAACAAUAAAUCGAAAUUGAUUGUAUAGCUAAUAUAACAUUUUCUCUAGCUUAUCUAAUUGUUAAGUUAUAAUAAUUUGAUCUAGUUUCCUUCAACAAGAUUAUCUAAUUUGCUUACAUAGUAUUUUCCUCUUGUAUAUAUUUUUUAUACACUCAAGUCAUUCAAUAAGAAAAUAUAAUCUUUUCAUAUUUCUUUUAUCAGGAAUUGCAAGGACCUUCACCAUAUUCCAACAAAAGUCCGGUUUCAGUGUUGUUUCUCUGGAUUUGUUUUAGAUUGACAAUCGACACUAACCCAGAAAAGAGAUUCUGAGAGCACUGAGGAACCAAAAAUAUUUCAUGUUUAUCAAAUCCUUAAGCUGAAGCCAGGGCGAUUCUUUAGGAAAAACCAUCAUGGGUUAUGGUAAUUCAAGACCUGUAAGAUUUCAGGAUGAUCUUGAAUUAGCAAAAGCCCCCGUAAUCAUUGGAGAUCGUGUGGUUAAAUUCAAGUAUAAGAUUGAUGGAACACAAAUACCCGAGACAAGUACCAAGAACUCUGAGAAGGAGGUCUCCGGGAAGGCCAGAAAAUUCCUGAAAACAAGAGUGCUAUCAAGAGUGUUCUCUGAGGAUUUUGAGGGAGUGAAGAGAAGGAUAUUGGAUCCUAGAGGACAGACAAUUCGGAGAUGGAAUAAGAUCUUUCUAAUAGCAUGCAUAGUCUCUCUGUUUGUAGAUCCUUUGUUUUUUUACUUGCCAACAGUAAGAAAUCAAGUGUGUAUAGAAAUUGAAGUACCCCUUGAAGUGUUUCUCACAAUCAUCAGAUCACUAUCUGAUGCCUUUUACAUUAUUCAGAUAUACAUUAGAUUCCGUACAGCUUAUGUUGCGCCGUCUUCUCGUGUAUUUGGGAGAGGUGAGCUUGUUAUUGAUUCCUCAAAAAUCGCUUUACGGUACCUCAAAAAGGCCUUUUGGAUUGACUUCACUGCGGCCCUGCCACUUCCUCAGUUGUUGAUAUGGACUGUUAUCCCCAAUCUCAGGGGCUCGACAACCACAAACACGAAAAAUGUCCUUCGCUUCAUUAUCAUAUUUCAGUACCUCCCAAGACUAUUUCUCAUAUUGCCACUCUCACAACAAAUUGUUAAGGCCACUGGCGUUGUGACAGAAACAGCCUGGGCAGGAGCCGCUUAUAAUCUCAUUCUCUACAUGUUGGCAAGCCAUGUUUUAGGAUCUUGUUGGUACCUGCUGUCAAUUGAGCGACAAGAAGCAUGCUGGAGAAGUGUCUGCAAUGCUGAGAAGCCAUCAUGUCAAUACAAAUAUUUUGAUUGCCACAGGGUUGAAGACGCCGGCAGAGAUUCUUGGUUCAGGUCAAACAAUAUCACCAACCUUUGUGAUCCAAACACUAGCUCCUAUCAGUUUGGUAUUUAUGCUGAUGCAGCAACAUUUGAUGUUGCAACAGCUUCAUUCUUCAACAAGCAUUUUUACUGUCUCUGGUGGGGCCUAAAAAACCUGAGCUCUCUAGGACAAAAUCUUGCCACAGGCACUUAUGUUGGAGAAAUAAUUUUUGCAAUCAUUAUUGCAACACUGGGGCUUGUUCUCUUUGCAUUGCUUAUUGGGAAUAUGCAGACUUAUCUCCAGUCCAUAACAGUGAGAUUAGAAGAGUGGAGAAUCAAGAGAACUGAUACAGAACAAUGGAUGCAUCACAGGCAGCUAUCUCCAGAGUUAAAGCAAUCUAUUAGAAAAUAUAAUCAAUAUAAAUGGAUAGCCACUGGAGGAGUUGAUGAAGAAGCUCUUCUCAAAGGUCUUCCAUUAGAUCUCAGGAGGAGCAUCAAAUGUCACCUCUGCCUCGAUCUAAUCCGACAAGUUCCAUUGUUUGAUCAAAUGGAUGAAAGCAUGCUUAAUGCAAUAUGUGAGAGGCUUAAACCUGCCUUAAGCACUGAAGGUACAUUUCUUGUACGUGAAGGUGACCCUGUCAAUGAGAUGCUAUUCAUAAUCCGAGGCCAUCUAGAUUCCUACACCACUAAUGGCGGCCCUUUUUUUAACUCAUGCCGCAUUGGCCCAGGGGACUUCUGUGGCGAGGAAUUGUUGACAUGGGCUUUAGACCCCUGCCCAAGUGUCAUUCUUCCUUCAUCAACUCGAACAGUCAAAUCCAUUUCAGAAGUUGAGGCAUUUGCUUUAAGUUCAGAUGACUUGAAGUUUGUAGCAUCACAAUUUGGGAGACUGCAUGGCAAACAGCUUCAACACAAGUUCAGACUCUACUCACACCAGUGGCAAGCAUGGGCUGCUUGUCUCAUACAAGCAGCUUGGCGCCGGUUUAAAAAGCGCAAGGAAGCAGCUCAACUGAGGGCUAAAGAGAACCAUGCUACUGAACCUGAAUUACCCCAACCUCUAGGAUUAUCAACGCAUGUGGCACAGUUGGCUGCAAGUGCUAGAAGAGACAAUAUGAAUAAGCUUUCUGGGUCUGAUUCUGGGGUUGUUAGUCUAUUGCAAAAGCCUGCAGAACCAGAUUUUUCUGUAGAUGAAGAAUGAGUUGGGUUAAUUAAAUACUGUUAAUUCUAUAAUUAAGCUACAAAGAUGAGGCGUUCUUAACAUUUCUUUAUUAAUUGAUGCAUUU